AUGAAGAUCUCAUUCAUCAGUAACGAAGAUCGUUUCUUUGCGCUUGGUUUGGCUACUAUUGCAACAUCGGUGUUGACAUUAUUUGCUUUGUUGUUGACAGUUGCAGUGAUACAGCGAAAGACAAAUUUGACACAGUUGGAAGCGAAGUUACGUGCUGAAUCAUUUAAGAGAAGAUCUUCGGCUCUGUGGAUUGAGAUAAAGCAUGCCAAGCAAAUCACUGGCCAUAGUACACGUACCGUACGACAAGCUAAUUCAUUUCUUGAAACCGUCGAACGAUGUAAUAAAUGUAUGCGUUUAAUGUGUCCGAUCGGUGAACCUGGACUUAUUGGACCACCAGGAGUUGACGGAGUUCCGGGUGCUCCCGGAAAAAUGGGAAUACCUGGUACUGAUGGUGAAGAUGUCAUGGCUCAACCACUGCUAUUCCAUCUUCCGUGUUCUAUUUGCCCGGCUGGACCACCUGGUUUGCGCGGUUCACAAGGAGAGCGUGGCAGAUUAGGUCUUCCAGGUCCCCCUGGUCCUUCAGGUCGGCCUGGCAAGUUAGGUGAAAAUGGACCAAUUGGAAAUAGUGGACCGGAAGGGCCAUGUGGAGAAAAGGGACCAGUUGGACCUCCAGGGACGGCUGGUGAUGAUGCCUUCGCAGGUGUUGGUGUAAAAGGACCGAAAGGUUUACCCGGACCUAUAGGUCCUAAAGGGCCACAAGGCAUCCCAGGUCGACGAUCCAAUAUUCCCGGCAAGCAAGGAGAACAAGGACCGAUUGGUUCACCUGGACUAGAUGGAAAUAUGGGUAUGUAUGGCGAAAAAGGACCAUGGGGUCCUCCAGGGGAACCUGGAAUGCCGGCAAUGUAUUGCCCAUCAGACUGUGGAGUCUCGAAGAUCCUUGCGCCAUUCUCAUUUGGUUUCCCUGUUGAUUUUAGUGAUUCUUCCAACAUUUAUAUUCCUACUCUCAAUUCUACAUAA